CUGGCUGGAUUUAGCGUUUGUUUGAUUCCCCGCAGGAGGAAAGGAGAUUAAAAAAUAGGAAUAAAUACGUUUUUUUUAAAAAAGAUCAAGAGGAGAAAUUCUCUUUCUCUCCAGACGCGGAGAAAUUUUUUGCUCUCCUUCAGAUCCCUGGUUUAUUCUUUCCUCGGGAGUUGUCAUGAAAAGGGGGAACGUAGAGGCCCUGCGAGAUGAGCCUGCCUCCGGGCACCCCCGCUGCUAGGAUGCUCUUUGUUAUGGCUCUGGCCUGCGCCAGCCCUUACCUGGACACGCAGCCACGAUCCAUCAACGUUGCCAUCAUCUUCAGCGGCUCGACCUACACACCUGAGAGUGCCCGGCUCUCACCCGAGGACUUCCGCAACUUCUCUAUGGAGAUCAACCCCAUCCCAGUGGUUCUGAAUGACACCAACCCUCGCAGUCUCAUCGUGCGCCUCUGCGACGUUCUCUCCUCCCUACACGUCCAUGGUGUGGUCUUUGAGGAUGAUACACGCACAGAGGCUGUGGCCCAGAUCCUGGACUUCAUCUCAGCACAGACCUCCGUUCCCAUCAUUGGUAUCAAUGGGGGAUCAGCCAUUGUUCUUACAACCAAGGAAAAAGGAUCUACCUUCCUGCAGCUGGCCUCAUCCACAAAGCAGCAGUUGCAGGUGAUGUUUGAGGUGCUGGAACAGUACGACUGGACAGCCUUUGCUGUCAUUACAACCCUGUUUCCCGGCUAUGAAGAUUUUGUAGACUACAUCGAGGUCCUCACUGACAGCAGUUUCAUAGGUUGGGAGCGCCGCAGCACUGUGACCCUUAACCUCACCGAUGACCCAGACAGAGCCUGCCUCAAACGCCAGCUCCGGGAAAUCAAUGCCCGUAUCUGCCUUCUCUACUGCUCCCGUGACGAAGCGGAAACCAUCUUCCAGGCUGCUCGUGAAGUUAAGCUCACAGGCCCAGGGUACAUCUGGUUCAUGGCAGGCGCCAACUUUGGCAGAACUGAAUACAUGCCGGAUGACCUGCCCGAGGGUCUCUUCAUGGUGCUUUCAGCAGGAUGGAGAGACGAUCUUUACCGCAGAGUGCAAAAUGGCGUGGCCAUCAUUGCCAAAGGGGCUGAGGCCGUCUUCCAAGUCUAUGGCUCCAUCCCAAGAUUCAACAAUGACUGCCGGGCACCCAACUUCACCCAGCUCAAUGAGAACCUGCAUCGGUACUUCAUGAAUAUUACGUGGGGUCAGAAGGAUUUCUCCUUUAACGAGGACGGGUACCUCAUCAAUCCAUCCUUGGCUGUGAUCUCGCGCAGCAAAGACCGAACCUGGGAGGUGGUGGGAAGGUGGGAGCGUAGAAUCCUAAGCAUGUCACGGUACAGCCGAUUUCUGCAGCCGGUGGACAACAACAAGCACCUCAUGGUGGCAACGCUGGAGGAGAGGCCCUUUGUUAUCGUGGAUGACAUUGAUCCCGCCACCAAGACUUGCAUCCGUGACUCAGUGCCCUGCCUCCAUCCCCUCAACCGUACCAACAGCAGUCACCUGGAAAAGAGAUGCUGCAAAGGAUUUUGCAUUGACAUUUUGAAGAGGCUGGCAAAGACUCUGGAUUUCACCUAUGAGCUCUAUCUAGUCACCAACGGCAAACAUGGCAAGAAAGUCAACGGGAUGUGGAAUGGCAUGAUUGGAGAGGUGUUUUACAAGCGAGCUGACAUGGCAAUUGGAUCCCUGACCAUCAACGCAGAGAGAGCUGAAGUCAUAGAUUUCUCCGUGCCCUUCGUCGAGACAGGAAUCAGUGUCAUGGUGUCCCGUAGCAAUGGAACUGUUUCACCUUCUGCCUUCCUAGAGCCCUACAGCCCCGCUGUCUGGGUGAUGAUGUUUGUCAUGUGCCUGACUGUUGUCGCUGUGACUGUCUUCAUCUUUGAAUAUUUGAGCCCGGUGGGCUACAACCGCAGCCUCAGUGCCAGUAAACGCACCGGAGGCUCCAAGUUCACCAUUGGGAAGUCAAUCUGGCUGCUUUGGGCUUUGGUAUUCAACAACUCCGUGCCUGUGGAGAACCCCCGGGGCACCACCAGCAAGAUCAUGGUGCUGAUCUGGGCUUUCUUUGCCGUCAUCUUCCUCGCCAGCUACACAGCCAACCUGGCUGCUUUUAUGAUCCAGGAGGAGUAUGUAGACACCGUGUCUGGCCUCAGCGACCAGAAGUUCCAGAGGCCCCAGAAUCACUAUCCUCCUCUGAGGUUUGGCACUGUUCCCAACGGGAGCACCGAGAAAAACAUUCGGAACAACUAUGGGGAGAUGCACGAAUAUAUGGGGAAGUACAACCAGCGCAGUGUGGAGGAUGCACUCCAGCACCUGAAGAUGGGGAAGCUAGAUGCUUUCAUCUACGAUGCAGCCGUCCUCAACUACAUGGCCCGCAAGGAAGAAGGCUGCAAGCUGGUCACCAUAGGAAGCGGGAAAGUCUUUGCCACCACAGGCUACGGCAUUGCGCUGCAGAAAGGCUCCAAGUGGAAACGGCCCAUUGACCUGGCUCUGCUCCAGUUUCUGAGUGACGAUGAAAUUGAGCUGCUAGAGCGCCUCUGGUUGUCGGGGAUCUGCCACAAUGACAAGAUAGAGGUGAUGAGCAGCAAGCUGGACAUUGACAACAUGGCGGGGGUCUUCUACAUGCUGUUGGUGGCCAUGGGGCUGAGUUUGCUUGUCUUUGCCUGGGAGCACCUCAUCUACUGGAAGCUGCGUCACUGUAUGAGACACACAGGACGGCUGGAUUUCCUACUCGCUUUCAGCAGGGGCAUGUACAGCUGUUGCAGCAGCGAAGACCCCCAAAUUCCAGACCAGCAGCAGUUGCCUAUCCUGAACCACACCUACGGGCCCUCGCGAGGGGGAGCCCCAGCUUUGCCCAGCCCCCCAGGCCCUCCACUCCCCUGUUCCAGCUUCCUGCCUCGUGAACGACGGAUUGUGGAACGGUGGCGCCAUGCCCGCAGCCCCAAUUGCUACAAGGAUCUCUACCCUCCAACUCCUGCAGAGCUCCCCACAACCAAACCCCCACGCCACAGCCUCAAGAGCCCCUUCUCUGACGGCUUCCACCAGUUCUAUGGCCCCAUUGAACCCGAAGGGCUCUCUGAUCACAUUGGCGGCAAGAAGAUGGCACCCUGUCAGCUCUCACCGCCGCCACCCUCCCGUGGACUGGAAAACCCUCCCUCUUACUUUGCCAUCGUGCGUGAGAAGGACACCCCUGACAUACCACCGGCCUCGGGCUGGCAACGCAAAUCCCUUCGUGGCUUGUACGAAAGUUUCCAAGCUGGCAAAGCCGCUGGCCGGGCCCCAGAAAUGAAGAAGUAUGACGGCCCGUCAAGUGGCUAUGCAGCCAAAAGUCCGUGUGAACUGGAACGGGGCAGCAGUCGGCCUUUUGGUAAAGAGCGAGGCCGUUACGGCUAUACCCGGCUGUCCUAUGAAGAUGAGCGAUCGCCACCCAUUUCCCGUUACCGGCAUGCUGAAGAGACGCCCUUGCCACGUGCCGAGCCAGAAGCCAAAUGCCCGACAUCAGCUAGCCGGGAAAGGAGCUCCCGGGCUCACAUCUGCCGCAGCCAUUCCCAUCCUCUUGCUGUCGGUGCCAGUUUGCGCAGCCAAAGUCACUACAUGGACUUCUCUGACUCGGAUUCCGACAUCUGCGAGAGGGACAGUGACGGCCACAGCUGCUGGUACCAGUCGCCCGAUUAUUUCUGCACGUAUCCAUCCCGGGAAAGGCAGCUCUUUGCCACCCACAAGCCCCUCCACUACUGGUCGGCCGACAAGCUGGCCAAAUGCCACGGAUGCCACGGUCCCUGCCAGCACUGCUUGAGCCUGGAAAUGCUCCCGCCACCCACCCCACCAUGCCGCAAGGAGGCCUUGCGCUAUCUGAGCUGUUCGGAGGAGCGUCUGGAACGCCGGCUGGACUGGGAGCACCGCCACUGCAGCCUCUACAGCUGCCUGGCUCCUCGGCACCGCCAUGGCUUCCACCGGCGCUGCCACCACCACUCCUGCGAUCUGGGGCCAGCCGGCGGAGUCCUCCACCCCACCUCCCGCAGCCUGGAGGACCUCAGCUCCUGCCAUAUGAUGCGCUGCGGAGCCUCUCAUCGACACCAGGGCGGCUUCUCGCCUGACUGGCUGCCGCGCCGGGUGAGCCGAAGCGGGGAGCUUUUUGCCCGGCGUGGCUCUGCCCACUUCUCCAGCCUGGAGUCGGAGGAAUCUUUCUCCGGCAGACAGUGACAGCCAGGCCAGGCCUCG